UACUGUACUUAAAGUUGGUCAGAGAUGAAGUUACUUUGACUGUCUGCUCUUCACUUAUCACCAGGUCACAAAAACAUCGUUGGUGAACAUUACUAAGUAAAGAUGGGUGAUAGUGAAGCUAAAGCUGGCAAGCCCUUCAAGCAAAGGAAAAGCUUUGCAAGCAGAAGAGAUGAAGUUGCUGGCAUCAGAGCUAAAUUCCCAUCUAAAAUUCCGGUAAUUGUUGAAAGAUACCACAAAGAAAAAACUCUUCCACUAUUGGACAAAACAAAGUUUUUGGUACCACAAGAACUCACUAUGAGUCAGUUUGUGACUAUUAUUAGGAACCGCAUGUCAUUGGCUCCAACUCAAGCUUUCUAUCUGAUUGUUAAUAACAAGAGCUUAGCCUCAAUGUCGACAACAUUAGCUGAGGUUUAUAAAGAGGAAAAAGAUGAAGAUGGCUUCCUGUAUAUGACCUAUGCUUCACAAGAAAUGUUUGGCUAGACUGGAAACGUUAGCCUUUCUUCCAAAUGCCCUAUUGACUUAAGCUCAUUUUGUAGGAACGGUUAUUUCAGAUGGAAUAUUUGUAACUUAUUUGCUGGAGUGUAGAAAACAUGGAUAUUAUUAUUUGAGUUGGAUUUGAUUAAAAGUAUGUUUUCCAAUGACUACUGCUUGCCAUAUCAAGCAUAGACUGCCAGCAUGCCAUAACUAGAACUUUUUGUUUAUAAAACUGGCAUAUUAAAUCAGUGUAGGUCUGUAGAAGGGUCAUUGGUUUUUGUGCCCUAAUUAAGUUCUACAUUUGUAGCUUAGAUAGUAAGUUCAAAGGAAAUGGUAGUGAACUGUAAUAUUUCAAAAAUGAUAUUCUGCUGUUGAACCCCUUUGCCUGUAUAUCAUUCUUGAAUUCCUUCUAAAAACACUUUCAUAAUCAAAUUCAUGUUCAUUUGUGUAAUUCUUGUUUUAUUAAAGAAUUACCUCUAAGUUGGGCAAGGGAUUAUUUUUGCUUUUUUAUUAAUAUGUUUUUUACUUUCCUAGUAACAUUCCAGACUGUAAUUGAUCAUAAUUCUAUUGACAUGAUGGCACUCAAACAACUUCAAAAUGAUUUGCUUAAUUUUUGUAAUGGGAGAUUUAAAAGAAUGUAUUUUUAACAAUUUAGUAGCAAUUUGUUAGUGUUUGGAGUUAGAACUUACUCAUAUAAAAUGAAUUUGCAGAUCAUCAUGCCAUUUCUGUUUUCUUUAUUUAAUUAUUUAUGUAUAUUGCAGUGAAUAAUUGUUAAGUUUCUAGCAGAAGAAGUAUUCUCUUUUCA